AUGUGCAAUAAAUAUUUUUAUGUGAACCUUCUUUUCAUUUUCUACCUCUCAGUAUUUCACAAUGUUUAUGCUUCUCAAACCAAGAAUCUCAAUUUGCAACUCAAAAGUGUGAACCUUGGAAAUUGGCUUGUUAUUGAAGGAUGGAUGAAACCUUCUCUCUUUGAUGGAAUAAUCAACAAUGAUCUUUUGGAUGGAACACAUGUACAAUUCAUGUCAUUAAAAUUGCAAAAGUAUGUUUGUGCAGAACUUGGAGGAGGAACUGUUAUUGUUGCGAACCGAACUAGACCUUUUCACUGGGAAACUUUCAGAUUGUGGAGAGUAAAUGAAACAAUGUUUAAUUUAAGAGCGUCAAAUAAGCAGUUUUUGGGAUUAGAAGAUGAAAACAAAUUAGUGGCUGAUAUAGAUUCACCAGGAAACAAAGAAACAUUUGAGAUUGUGAGAAAUGAUCAUGAUCCAAACAUGACCCAUUUUGGUGAUGGGUGUGAGGGCAGGAUCAAAGCUUCCAAUGGUUUGUUUUUACAGGCCAUAUCAGAGAGUUUAAUAAGCACAGGAACAGUUUAUGAAGAAUCCAUAUGGGAGGACAAUGACCCUUCUAUAUUCAAAAUGACCGUUUUGUCUGACACAAUCCUAAAAGGAGAAUACCAAAUUACAAACGGUUAUGGUCCAAACAAAGCUUCCAAAAUCAUGCAGAAUCACUGGAGCACAUAUAUAACAGAAGAUGAUUUCAAAUUCAUGUCAGAAAAUGGGUUAAAUGCGGUCAGAAUUCCUGUGGGAUGGUGGAUAGCUAAGGACCCAACACCACCUAAGCCAUUUGUUGGAGGAUCCUUAAAAACACUUGACAUUGCUUUCACAUGGGCACAAAAAUAUGGAAUGAAAGUUAUUGUGGACCUGCAUGCUGCACCGGCUUCGCAAAAUGGAAGAGCUCAUAGUGCAACAAGAGAUGGAUAUCUAGAAUGGGGAGAUUCUAGCAUUCCUGAUACCGUCGCAACCAUAGACUUCUUAGCUCAAAGAUAUGGCGAGAGGCCGAAUUUAAUUGGAAUACAACUGAUGAAUGAGCCUCAAGGAGUUAAUUUGGAAAGUCUUAAAAAGUAUUAUAAAGCUGGUUAUGAUGCUGUGAGGAAACACACAUCAAGUGCUUAUGUGAUAAUGUCAAACCCUCUUGAUAGAGAUUCAAGAGUGCUUCUACCGUUUGUUAAGGCUUUUGAUAAAGUUGUCAUUGAUGUCCAUUACUACAAUUUGUUUUCGGAUAAGUUCUCAAAUAUGAAUGUGAAGCAGAACAUUGAUUAUAUUAAACAUCAAAGAGCUUCUGAGCUUAGUUCUCUGACCACAUCAAAUGGACCUCUCAUCUUUGUUGGGGAAUGGACUGGUGAUUGGAAGGUUCAGAAUGCAACAAAACAAGAUUUUCAAAAUUUUAUGAAUGUACAAGUGGAGGUAUACUCUCAUGCUAAAUUUGGAUGGGCUUAUUGGGCUUACAAAUGUGACUCUAAUAAUUGGAACCUUAAGUGGUUGCUUAAUAAUAAUUAUGUUAAGCUUUAA